AAUUACUACACAGUCUGAUUGUAUUAAUUUAUUAGGGGGUCUGCAGCAAUUCAAGCUUAGACUGUAUGUAGGUUAUGUCAGGGGGAACCAGCCAUGCUGAUGUCAGAGAUUUUUCCUCUGCCCUCCACAGUGGGAGGAUCUCUGUGCGUUGAGUCACGCAGCUGUCAAAGAUGCUGUCACCCAGUUUCAGAAUCAAACACAGUCAAUGAGAAAAAGGCUUAGAGCCGACGGGAAGCAGCUCUCGGGUAAAGCCCCCGCUCGAGUCUCCAAACGAGGAAAAAAACACCCGAAAAGGAAAAAACUAAACGACUUUUGAUGAAUAAGGAUAUUCGGACACACACUGGGGAUAUCAGGAGACACUGCACUGACACAGAAGACAAUUAUCUUUUGCGCCUGACGAGGAAAGUGGGCAUUUUCUUACGGAGAUGAAGGCGAAAAGGGGUUUGAUGAUGCUGUCAGGGAGUGAGACAGACGACGAGGACAGCGGGGACGCUCCUCUGGAUCUGUCCUCCAGUGCGGGAAGCAACGGGAAGAGGAAGCGGCGGGGAAACCUUCCCAAGGAGUCAGUUCAGAUCCUCAGGGAAUGGCUGUACGAGCACCGUUACAAUGCUUACCCCUCUGAGCAGGAGAAAGCCCUCCUGUCCAAGCAGACUCAGCUCUCCACACUGCAGGUGUGCAACUGGUUCAUUAAUGCACGGCGGCGACUUCUCCCGGAGAUGCUGAGGAAAGAUGGCAAAGACCCCAACCAGUUCACCAUAUCCAGGAAAGGUAGCAAGGCUGGCGACAGCUUCUCCGACAGCUCCCAGUCCCCAAAACACAGCAGCCCUGCAGCAGGUACAGAGGAGAGCUUUGACAAACGCGUUCUCCACCCCUCCAGCUUCGAACCAUCUGUGUCCGGUGUCCUGAGGAAGGCAGCGUCCCCUUCCAUACCUUCUCCAACCUCCACAUCCCCCUCUCCAGGUCUCAUGCCCACCCGGCCUUCUGUCAUCUGUCACACCACUGUCACCGCAGUAAUGCAGGCCAGCCCGACAUCCUCCCACCCCUCUGUGCCAGGGGUGAAUUGUGACAGUGGAGCUGAGGCAUUGCAGUCUGCACAGGCGCUGCUUAGAUGCUGGGAUGAAGGGCCGGUAAACCAGCCACUCACCACUACCACCGUUCUCACCAGCACCGGCAUGGAGGGCAACAUGAGCCCCCGCAGCGGGCUGUUCAACACUCCUCCCCCCACCCCUCCAGACCUUACACAAGACUUCAGUGGCUUCCAGCUUCUGGUGGACGUGGCCCUUAAACGGGCUGCAGAGAUGGAGCUGCAAGCCAAACAGAUGGUCUCCUAAAGGGAGAAAUGACAAAAGAAGAGGAGGAGGGAACAGAGACGGACUUUGUAUCUCAAACUCCUCCGAGUUCAGUGACUUGUCUGCACGCAACAGAGAACAAAACCACAUUAAAGCCUGAUCAUUUCUAUUUUUGGUAUACCAAUCAGAUUGAUGAGGAUGUUUUUUAUUGACAAAAAACUAAUUGUAUUGAGGUGCCUUGGCUGUAAGUUGUUUAUUCAUUUCAUAUAUAUGCGUACGUAUCUACACGUGUAUCUUAUUUGCACACAGGGACCAAAAAUAUUAUCGGAGAAUUGCUGCCUGUCUUACGUCUUUCCAUUAUACUGUAAAUCAUUUUAGAGAAUGGAGCAGGAGCACAAAGCUGCCCUCCUUCACAGGCCUAUCCGAUGGACUGGUCGCACCCACACACAGUUAUUGUUUUACAUUUCAGAGAUCAAUUCGUUAUUGGUCUGCCUCAUUUGUUUGCACACUAAAGGCAGGCAGAUGUCAUCUCAGUGUCUUAAACAUGCUUUGCUCUUGGCAUCUAUGACAAACUUAUUCACUACUGUAGUAGAUGUUCUGUCAUGAGUAUAGUUUUGAUUUUUGUAAUUUGCUUUUAGCUAUUUUAAAAGAAGAAACAUUCUUUUUUUUCUUUAGAUUUUUUUUUUUUUAUUCACCAAGGGAUAUUUCACAUGACCAGUGUAGCAGGUUCUUAGUCUGAGUCUUCAUCAUAUCACUCAGCAAAAAUGAUGGCCAGUGGACUGGAAUGUUAAACACUACGGUUGUUAAAUUUUUUUCUGCAUAUGCUGUUUUACAACCUGACAAAGACAUUUUGAAAUCACCAAAAAGCAUUUUCAUGUAUAAUAGGUAUGUAUAUAGUUAAUGUGACAUGAUGCCCAAUGAUGUGAUUUCUUUUCAUACUGUGCAAUGUUUGUGGCAACUAGAGGUCACAUGGGAUUCAAAUAAAGUUCUGUUUUUCUACAUCUCAGAACUGAUCAUUCUCAUUACAGCAU